AUGGCGCUGCUCUUCCGCUUCUUCGACCACGACCGCCCCAACGACUACCUGGUGGAUCUGUGGAUCAACUACGACUGCGACAUCGACUGCGACGACCUUUACGCCAAGGUGAUGCACUUCCUCUGCCGCGCCGUCCAUGCCACCAGCCCGCAGCAGCCCGGCCAGCAGGACAGCCUGCAGCUGUUUGCGCUCGACGCGCUGCUCUCGUUUAUCGCGUCGGUGACGGCCCGGCAGGAGUACUACGGCGGCGGCGGCGGUGGCGCGGCGACCGACCUCGCCCCGGACCUGGCCCUCUUAUCGGAGCGCAAGGGCAAGAAGGCGGCGAUCCUGGCCGGCGCGGCUCGCUUCAACGCCAAGCCCAAGGACGGCCUGGCCUACCUCGAGAAAGAGGGCCUCAUCGACACGAGCGACGCCAGCGUGCCGCGGGCGACGCACAUCGCCAAGUUCCUCAAGGAGUGUCCGCGGCUCGACAAGAAGCUGCUGGGCGACUACAUCUCGCGCCCGGACAAUGUCGAGGUCCUGCGGGCGUUUAUCGGCCUGUUCGACUUCAAGCAGAAGCCGAUCGCCGAGGCGCUGCGCGAGAUGCUCGAGUCGUUCCGGCUGCCGGGCGAGGCGCAGCAGAUUGACCGCAUCACCGAGAUCUUUGCAAAGACGUACUUUGCCGCCGGGCCCGAGGGCAUCGCCAGCGAGGACGCCGUCUACGUGCUCGCCUUUUCCGUCAUCAUGCUCAACACGGACCUGCACAACCCGCAGAACAAGACGCGCAUGUCGAUCGAGGACUACAAGCGCAACCUGCGCGGCGUCAACAAGGGCGCCGACUUUGACGCAGAGUACCUCGGCACCAUCUACGACUCGAUCCGGCGGCGCGAGAUUGUCAUGCCCGAGGAGCACGCAGGCCAGCUCGGCUUCGACUACGCCUGGAAGGAGAUCCUGCGCCGCUCGCGGACCGCGGGAACGCUGGCGCCCACCCGCACCGCCGCCUUUGACCGCGACAUGUUUGAGGGCAGCUGGAAGCCCAUCUUUUCCAGCAUCGCCUACGCCUUUUCGUCGUACCGCGACGAGUACAUGGUCGAGCGCGCCAUCUCGGGCAUCCGCCAGUGCGCCAUCCUCGCCAGCAGCUUCGGCAUGACCGAGAUCUUCGACUUUAUGGUCCACAGCCUGGCCAGCGCCACGGGCCUCCUCGACGCCUCGAUGCCGCAGCCGCCCGCUGCCGCGGCCAACGCCACGCUCGAGGUCGAGGGUCAGCAGAUCACCGUCAGCCCGCUCUCGGUGCGCUUCGGCGUCAACUUCAAGGGCCAGCUGGCCGCCGUCGUCCUCUUCACCAUCGCCAACGGCAACUGCGACGCCAUCCGCUCCGGCUGGUCCGACAUAUUCGAGAUCUUCAAGAACCUGUUCGCCGACUCGCUGCUGCCAUCGUCGAUGUUGCAGAUGUACGACUUUUUCGACGGCAUGGUGCCCAUCCCGCUCAAGCCCAAGAAGCUGCCCGGCCCGCCGCCGCAGGACCCGCGCGCCCAGGGCGGCGGCCUCUUUAGCACGCUCUCGUCCUACCUCCUCUCGCCCUCGUACUCGGCGGGCGAGCCGGCGCCCUACGAGGCCACCGAGGAGGACGUCGAGGCCACGCUGUGCACCGUCGACUGCGUGGCGUCGUGCCGCAUCGAGGAGCUCUACGAUCAGAUCCAGCACCUGGCGCCCGAGUCGCUCGUCUACGCCAUGAGCGCGCUCAAGGAGCUCGCCGACGGCCUGACGGUCGGGCGCCUCGAGGCCCGCGAGGCGGCGGCCAGCGCGGACGGGACGUCUACGCCGACGCCGGCGACCCAUCCGCACAGUGCCGCACUCAACGGUGCCGGCGGCGCCCUCGCCUACGACGCCAAGGUCGUCUUUGCGCUCGAGAUGAUGGUCUCGAUCGCGUCGGGCGCGCGCGAGCAGCUGGGCGACGUGUGGCCGGUGGCCCUCGACCACGUCUCGGCCGUGCUGCGCUCGGCCAAGUCGUACCACCCGACGCUCGUCGAACGCGAGGUGGCGGCGCUGCUGCGGCUGCUCAAGCACGCCGCGCGCGAAGACGACCUGCGCGACCAGCUUUUCCUCUCGCUCGACCUGCUGCGCGACUUGCCGACCGAGGUGAGGGUGGCCGGGUCCAAGCAGCUCCUCGCCGGCCUCAAGGCCAUCCUGCGCGAGAACCCGCGCUUCGCACGCUCUCAGACCGAGUGGGGCCUCAUCUUUGCCCUGAUCGGCGACAAUGCCAACGUGCGCAACGCCGAUGCUGCCCGCCUCGCGUUCGACGCGGCCAAGGCGGCCACGGUGGGCGAGGACGGCGAUCGCGCCGACGUGCUGCUGACGCCCGACAACUUCCUCCAGGCCGUCGCGCUGCUCACCGAGUUUGCCAGCGGCGCCGACACGACGGCGUGGCGCAACAUGCUCCUCCGCGAGGCGCCCCAUCGCCGCACCACGAUCACCGAGAAAAAGGAGAUGGCCGAGGUCGAAAAGGUGCAGCAGGAGCGCGGCUGCGAGGCCGUCAAGCUGCUCGAGGGCUUCAAGAACGAGGUGCCGCGGAUCAUCCGCGAGUCGAAGCUGAGCGAGGAUCAGGCCUGGAGGACGUACUGGCCGCCGCUGCUCUACUCGCUGUCUCGGCAGUGGACCAACACGCACGCGGCGGUGCGGCAGUCGUCGAUUGUGCUGCUGCAGCGGUGCCUGCUGGCGCCGGAGCUGCUGACGACGUCGACGUCGACGCAGCUGACGCUCCUCUUCCACGACAUCCUGUUCCCCAUGCUCGAGGAGCUGCUCAAGCCGCAGGUCUACCAGAUUGAUCCCACAGGCAACCCGGGAGGGAUGAUGGAGACGCGGAUCCGGGCGUGCGCGCUCGUCUGCAAGACGCUGCUCCACCUCAUGGUCAAGCUGAGCGAGGGCAGCGAGCGCGAGUUUGAGCAGCUGUGGUGCCGCAUCCUCGAGCUCCUCGACCGCAUGUUUAGCAGCACCGGCGGCGGCAGCGGCAGCAGCGGCGGCGGGGGCAAGGGUGCGGGUGCGAGGAGGGAUCCGUUGACCGAGGCGAUCCCCGAGAACCUCAAAAACGUCCUACUCGUCAUGAGCGCAUCCAACCUGCUCCUGCCGCCGCCGCCGCCGGGGACGAAGGACGACAGGACGACCAACCAGGCGGCGCUGUGGGCCGUCACCUUUGACCGCGUACAGCGCUUCCUGCCCGGACUCAUGGAGGAUGUCUUCCCACCGCCGCCGCCGACUGUCGACCCGGCGGCAUCGGCUGCGCCAUCGACGACGGACGAGGCUGGAGCGGCUGCUGGUGCUGGAGGGAGCGGAGAGGAUGCACAGGCCCUGCAAGAUGGCGGACCCACGGACAGGUCGGACGAGGGUGUACACGUCGACUCCAACGCCACUGCUGCCACCGCCGGCGCCGAGGAGACGACGACGACGACGACGACGACGGCAGACGCCUAG